UAUGAUAACUAAUUUUUACAAAUUAUUUUGAAACAUUUCUUAUGUGAUUUUUUUUGUAAAUAACUAUUGCUUUGUUUUAAUAGAGUCGUAACAAUUUGUAUAUUAUGAUUCAAGAAGAGUGCAAAUAACCAGAGACGAUUUCGUUAUCAAAAUUAAAUAUUGAUGGAGAUAAGAUAUUUCAAACUAAAUCGUGUGAUGUCGAUGCACCUUUGAUUAAACUUUGUGGGCGUUUCAGCCUUGAAUGAGGGAAUUUCGAAAUAGUUAAUUUUACUUGUGCUAAACGAGAGGACAGAAGACUUAUUUUAGAUAAGGAAAAAACAAUUCUUCUAAAGAUGACUGGAUUCACUUUGACGGUCGUUAAUCUUCCAUAACGCCAACCGUCUUCUAUCUUCACUCUUUGUACUAUUAAUUCUUCCAAUCAAUAGAAGAAGUUUACCAUUCUAAUAUAAGAAGUAUUAUUAGGAAUCUUGAUAUACAGAAGAAUUGUUUAGCAGUCAUGAUCGAAGUUCUGUGGUUUUUUAUUGGAGUCCUAAUAUGGGUGGUUGCGAUGACUAUUGGCCUACCAAUUACUAUUGCAAUUUUGCUCUGCUCAUCCGCUCAAGACAUGUUGUUUUCAUGGAUUUAUGUGCAUAUAGUUCAAUGCACCUUCCAGUCAAAGAUUGUUUCUUUAAGGAUAAAAAUGUUCGAGCUUCUUCAAAAGAGUUUGUCUACCAACAAAAGUUCCAUUCCUCUUGAAGUUUUGGAAAUAGGUAUCGGAGACGGAGCCAACUUGCCAUACUAUCCAGACAACUGUAAGCUAACUGUCGUGGACAAGAAUAAGUUUUUCGAGCCGUACUUCCAAAGAAAUGCCAAAAAAUAUACUCACAUAUCUUACGAGAGAACAGUGAUUCAGCCUGCGGAGAAUAUGAAGGACGUGAAGGACAAUUCCAUGGAUGUUGUGGUUACAUCAGUAUUCCUGUGCUCUUGUGAUGAUCCAGAUAAAGUUCUCCAGGAGAUUUUGCGCGUUCUGAAACCUGGAGGAAAAUAUAUAUGCCUGGAACAUGUUGCCUUUCCCAAGAACAGUGUUGGUCUGCUUUUACAAAAAUUCAUCCACCCUAUCUGGUAUCUUUACUCGAACGGAUGCACUCUCACCAGAGAUUUGAUCAAGAAAAUCAAGCAGGCUGGAUUUUCUGAACUUGCGUACGAAGAUUACGUGGCCCCACAUUGGUGGAUGUAUAUUGGAAGACAUUUUUUAGUGGCAAUAGCUACUAAGUAAAUUAAAGUAUAUCCUGAUGAAAA